CAGCGGGUUUCGUCGUUUUGACGCCAUAUAACCGUAAAUAAAAUGUGUUACGUGCGUCGUUAAAUUAAACAUUUCUUUCUUUUUUUCAUUGCCAACCAUUUAAUUGAUUGGGAGAGAUAUCCUGUGUUGAAUGAGGAGCACUUCUGUAAACGUCAGCAAAGGUCCAUCAUGGUGCCACUUUUGGUAAUGCUGUUGGAGGCAUUCUGAUUAUACAGCCAGUUCAAUGCCAUCUUCGACAUUUGAUCUCGCCUACGAUUGAGUGUGUCAGAGUAGAAAUAUUAGAAAACUGAAAUUUUCCACACCUGUAUUUGAAGAUUAUAUUACUUCAGAAAUGCAGAUCGUCAACUGAACAGCGGUGGAUACAAGUCUUUUUUCACCCAGUGUUAGUUAAAAUGCAGAUAUUCAGUGGAUAUUUUAUCAACUCUGUCUUCACCUUUUGAUGGAUUGGAACGAUGGACACAUGUACAGAGUAGAGCUGUCCAUCAACAACUAGUGUAUUAGCUUGUCAGUUUGAUCAGGAGUACUAAAGUUGCUUGUCUUUAGACCAGUCGUCUGAAUAGCAGCAUCCAUCGUAGACAAUCAAUCGAUUUUCACUAGGGUUUGGAUUGUACUGAGAGCAGCGGUCCAUGUCGUUUGAAGGAAGGAGACUUACAACUGAAUUAUUAUUAACUAUUGGAUUACCUAUAUUUGUUUCAAAUGAUGGACUUAAUACAGAUUGGAUAAAAAAAUAAAUAUGAAGAAACCUUGGUAAGAGUUGGAAUGUCGUAAUAACAGCAUUAUGAGGCUGUUUUCACGGAGCCUGCCUUUGCUGUUGGUGGCUCUAGUCAACUCAGUAUGGACAGCAGGCCCACCAAGAAUUACCUUGGCACCCAAGAGUCAAAAAGUUGCAGAGGAGACCAAAGUUAGCUUCUUCUGCAAGGCAUCAGGAAACCCAGCGCCUAACUUUCACUGGGAAAAAGGAACUAAACGUAUAAAUACUCGCCGGAAUAGAUAUGUGAUUACAGAAGUGCCCCACCUAUCUGUGUUACGGAUAGAACCUGUUAAAGCCAAGCGGGAUGAUGCAGUGUACACGUGCGUUGCUAACAAUGGACAGGGGGAGGCACGUGCUAAUGCCACCCUUCAUGUGUAUAAGAAAGUCGAAGAUGGAAACAACUUCCCUAGUGGCUAUCCCCGGAUAACGGUGAACCCAAGUUUGAAAUCGGUUGAGAAAGGUCACAAUGCGAUUAUGAAAUGUGAGGCUGCGGCUGACCCCGACCCAUCGAUUCUGUGGCUGAAGGAUCACGUGCCUGUGGACAUGAGUGAUCCACGGAUAACACUGCUCGAUACAGGAUACCUACAGAUACAGAACAGCCAGGAAUCUGAUGCAGGCCGUUACGAAUGUGUUGCUGAAAACAACCUUGGGGUUGCCUAUUCUUUUGCAGCCAUGCUCUAUGUCAAAGUUCGUCGUGUGCCUCCUCAUUUUUCAAUCCCACCAGAGGACACCAAGAUCAUGCCGAAUGCCGAUGUCAACCUCACGUGCGUUGCAGUAGGAUCGCCAAUGCCGUAUGUCAAGUGGCGAGAAGGGGCACGAGAACUGACAAAUGAGGAUGAAAUUCCGAUUGGUAGAAAUAUUUUACAGCUCAAAGAAGUAAAAGAGUCAAAGAAUUACACCUGUAUUGCGUCUUCAGAUUUGGGAAACAUAGAAGCAACAGCAUCGGUUAUUGUUGAAGCUUUGCCGAGCCCACCCACAGGUUUGAAAGUCUCGGAGGUAACCGCCACGUCGGUCAAACUGUCCUGGGAGUCGGCUGCGACCACGCCUGAUACUUCAUAUAUUGUGCAGUUCAAAUCGAAACACUCGCCCGGAGCUCGCUAUAAAGAGAAAACCAAUAUCGGAAGUACCACGUACACAGUCAGGCACCUGGAUGCCUUCACGAAUUACGAAUUUCGAAUUGUUACUGUGACAAAAGUUGGGCGCGGACCCCCAAGCAAUCCCAUAGCAGUGAAAACCGGAGAACUAGCUCCUGGAAGUCCACCUCGAAAUGUACGUGCUCGUGCCGCCAGCUCAACAACUAUCAUCGUGUCAUGGCAGGCGCCACAGAUUCCUAAUGGAAUAAUUGAGGGUUACAAAGUGUUUUACACGCUGAAACCUGAAAAGCCAAUAUUCUUCUGGGACUCGCAAGAUGUGAUGAACGACAACAAAUUGACGACAAUCAGCGGCCUGCAACCCAACCAAACAUACACCAUAAGUGCACUGGCAUACUCGAGCAUUGGCCAAGGGCCCAUGUCACACCCUAUUCAAGUUCUAACUACUCAAGGAGCGGGGCCCCCAGUCCCUUUCCAACCAAUCAAUCUUCAUGCGGAUCCAAUUUCGCCCAAUGACAUUGAGGUUUUUUGGGAUGCUCCCCAGGAAGUGGACAGCAUUACGAGUUACGAGUUGUAUUACAAUGACUCGCACUUCCGUCAGAACGUGCGGAUCAGCAUCAACCCUCCCGUUGAGAAAUACAAACUCACGGACCUGACUCCUGACACGGUCUACCACAUCCAGGUGUCGGCCAAGUCGCACCGGGGCGAGGGUCCGCGGACCCCGACAAUCCAAGUGAAGACGCUGCAGUAUGUCCCUGAAGCCCCACCCCAGGCAGUAAGUGGCAGAUUUGUGGAUGCUCAUCGUCUGAAGGUCUCGUGGAAACCGCCACGACGUGACAAACAAAAUGGCGCCAUUCAGGGUUAUCAAAUAUUUUAUGUGGAAAACGAUAGCAGUGACAAUGCGUUUUCCGAUGCCAAGAACGAAACCGUGAAAGGCGAUUCCCGGGAACAUGAAAUAAAGAACCUGCGCACUUGGACGAAAUAUAAGAUCUGGGUUUUGGCUUUCACGAGGGUUGGCAAAGGUCCUCCCUCACAACCCAUCAUUGUGCAGACGGACGAGGAUGUUCCCGGAGAACCAAAGAGAGUGAGAGUGGAGGCCAUUAACUCGACUGCCAUUUUUGUCGAAUGGCGGCCACCUUCAAACCAGAAUGGAAUUAUUCGCGGCUACCAAGUCUACUACACUGAAGUUAACAGUAACGAUGAGCCGAUACCUGGCAAAACUCAGCGAUUUCAAGACACCUUCGAUGGCACAAAACACGAGGCAGUGAUUACCUCCCUUGAACCAGAUACACGCUACACCAUUCGAGUUGCUGGUUAUACGAGGAAGGGGGACGGCAUACGAAGUCGGGUUAAGAUAAUAACCACCAAGGGUGCAGUUCCCACACCACCUCGAAAUGUGCAUGUUGAUCUGAUCCAAGAAGACCCGCCGCGAGUCAAGGUCACGUGGCAGAGGCCGAGAGAGACGCACGGCCCGCUGGAGAAUUACAAGAUUAUCUGGGGGCGGUCCGGGGAGAGAUAUGAGGAGAAGAUCAUCGCGGCAGAUAUCUACUCCUUUGUAACCUACUCCCUUGACAAGGGUACGACAUACGAGUUCCGAGUGUCUGCGAAGAAUGAUGUGGAUUACGGGGAGCGGAAUGUCCAGACAAUAAAAACACCAGACGGAGCCCCUGCCGGAGCACCUCAAAACUUCACUGCCACUGGUCUGAGUGAGACGAGUGUACACCUCACCUGGGACUUGCCGGCUCGUGCCCUGCGUAACGGCGACAUCGUCAUGUACCAGAUCACCUACCACAAGCUGUCCGACCCCAUCAACGAGGAGGACCUCAAUGUCACUGACACGUUCGUCGACAUCCUCGGGCUGGAGAUGAACACCGACUACAUCUUCACCAUCAAGGCUUACACCAGCAAGGGCUCGGGGCCCUGGAGUAACAAGCUUCACUUCAGGACCUUCGGAAGAAUGCCUCCAGCACCAAAGAAUGUGAAAAUCCGCCGCACGUCGUCCUCGAUCAUCGAGGUGACGUGGGACGAGCCGAACUUCCCGGUGGCCGGUUACCGCAUCUACUACAACAUGUUUGCCACGCCGGACAUGGACGUGUGGCAGACGCUGGACACUGGACCCUACACAGUGGCCGAAAUCACCGGCCUUGAGCCCCACACUGUGUACGCAGUCCGGGUCCAGGCCAAGUCGGUGGACGAACGCUAUGGAAACCUCUCGGAGGUGGUCACUUCUGACUUCAUACCUCCGUAUCGACGCGACACAGUGCAGAAUUUUCGUGUGACUCUUCGUAAUUCCAACAUGGUGAAGUUAUCAUGGGAUCGCCCGGAGAAGCCUUACGUAAAUUCUUAUCUUCUGAAGUACGAAGGUGUGAAGCACUACCGUGAGAAUGACGCCAUCAAACAGGUGUACCAGGGCCCGGAGGAGGUGCGUAUCCCCGGCCAGUACUCCCAGUGGACCCUGCAGAAUCUGCAGCCCAAGAUGAGGUUUGACUUCAACAUCAGCGUCAUCUUCCAGGACGGAUCUGUCGGAGAGGACCAACACAUCACCACGGAAACACUCAUUGAAGCUCCGCACUACGUGCAUCGGCCUGAGAUAAUCAAGAUCUCGAAGGGAUCGAUCACGCUGAAGCUAAGGCGGGCCUCUGAGAAGAACGGUCCCAUCAGUCACUACCAUGUGAUCGUGGUUCCACAGAGGCACGACCAAACGCUGCAGAAGUUUCCACAGGACUUUACACUUGAUAUGCUUUCAAGAGACACUGAAAGCGUGGACAAUCCGGCUGCCUAUCCCUACAUUGCCGCUCGGUUCGAUGCUCGGAACUUGCCGUCUGAGUUUGAGCUAGGCAAUGGUCAGGAAUACGAGGCGUUCUUCAACCGACCCCUGGACCCUGAAGAUCAGUACCGAGUCUUCCUACGGGGAUACUCUGUUGAUCCUCGGUUGUACACAUCCAGUGACUACUCUGAACUCAUCCAGCUAACUGAUGACGGGUCCACCAUUUGGGUGAAUCCGAACACUCACAGGAAGCCCGGUGGGAACAAUGGGAAGUCGGGGCAGAACACCAUUUCUGUUGGCGGACCUGAAGAGGUGGAGGAAAGCAAUGAAAAUAACAAACUUCUUAUGAUCGUGGCACCGGCUUGUGGCGGCGGGGUUUUUCUUAUUUUAAUCUGCGCAGUCAUAGCUUUUUUAAUGUUCCGCAAAAAGUCCAGUUCCAAAGGAGCCAUCCUCGAACCCGAGUCUAAAGUUAUGGUGGAUAUCCCGCCAUACCUGGUGGAUCCUGUGGAAAUGCGACGACAGCAUUACCAAACCCCUGCUAUGAUCUCCCACCCGCCCAUACCGAUAGAGAGACUGGCCGAGCACAUUGAUAACUUAAAAGCGAACGAUAACCACAAGUUCUCGCAGGAGUACGAGUCGAUCGAGCCUGGACAGCAGUUCACGUGGGACAACUCGAACCUGGAGGUGAACAAGCCGAAGAACCGGUACGCCAACGUGAUCGCGUAUGACCACUCCCGCGUCAUCCUCCAGCCCAUCGACGGCGUCCCGGGCAGCGACUACAUCAACGCCAACUACAUGGAUGGCUACAGGAAGCAGAACGCUUACAUUGCCACUCAGGGACCACUUCCAGAGACAUUUGGUGAUUUCUGGAGAAUGGUUUGGGAACAGAGGUCCACAACCAUAGUGAUGAUGACCAAAUUGGAGGAAAGGUCACGGAUUAAGUGUGACCAGUACUGGCCGGUGCGCGGUGCCGAGACGUACGGCAUCAUGCACAUUCACCUGGUGGACGUCACCGAGCUGGCUACAUACACCAUCAGGACAUUCCAGGUGGCCAAGUACGGAUGCCCAGAGAAGCGCGAGAUCCGUCAGUUCCAGUUCACGGCCUGGCCGGACCACGGUGUCCCCGACCACCCCACGCCGCUGUUGAUGUUCAUGAGACGCGUCAAGUCAUGUAACCCGCCCGACGCAGGCCCCAUGGUGGUGCACUGCAGUGCUGGAGUUGGCAGAACUGGAGCUUUCAUAGUUAUAGACGCCAUGUUAGAGAGGAUUAAGCAUGAAAAGACUGUUGAUAUAUACGGGCACGUGACCUGCCUUCGAGCUCAACGAAACUACAUGGUCCAGACUGAGGACCAGUACAUCUUCAUUCACGACGCGCUGGCCGAGGCGGUGCAGUGCGGAAACACUGAGGUGGCCGCCAGGAACCUCUCUGUUCACAUUCAGAAACUCACCCAGCCCGAGCCCGGGGAGACCGUCACGGGCAUGGAGCUAGAGUUCAAGAGGUUAGCUAACGUGAAGGCUAGUCCUAAUAGAUUUGUUAGUGCAAACCUUCCGGUCAACAAAUUUAAGAAUAGACUUGUCAACAUACUGCCUUAUGAGUCAACAAGAGUAUGUCUACAGCCUAUUAGAGGAGUGGAUGGCUCAGAUUAUAUCAAUGCAAGCUUUAUUGAUGGUUACCGAUACAAGAAGGCGUACAUUGCCACACAAGGUCCUCUAGCUGAGACGACCGAAGAUUUCUGGCGAAUGUUGUGGGAACACAAUUCCACCAUUAUUGUCAUGUUAACAAAGCUUAGAGAGAUGGGCAGGGAGAAGUGCCACCAGUACUGGCCGAGUGAACGGUCAGCGCGCUAUCAGUAUUUCGUGGUUGACCCCAUGACGGAGUACAAUAUGCCACAGUAUAUCCUCCGAGAGUUCAAGGUCACAGAUGCCAGGGAUGGUCAGUCCCGGACAAUACGUCAAUUCCAGUUUACAGAUUGGCCUGAACAAGGUGUGCCAAAAUCAGGCGAGGGCUUCAUUGAUUUCAUUGGUCAAGUGCACAAAACAAAAGAACAGUUUGGACAAGAAGGACCAAUCACAGUCCACUGCAGUGCUGGUGUGGGUCGUACCGGCGUGUUUAUCACUCUCAGUAUUGUGUUGGAGCGGAUGCGUUAUGAAGGCGUUGUGGAUAUGUUCCAGACAGUGAAGAUGCUCAGAACACAGCGGCCUGCAAUGGUUCAAACAGAGGAUCAGUACCAGUUCAACUAUCGAGCAGCACUAGAGUACCUCGGAUCGUUUGACCACUAUGCAAACUGAGGUGACCGCUGGCAGUCGCGGCACCAGGAUGUCGUUUCCACUCGUUGUGCUAGUGUUGGUUAUAGCAGGUCACCACGCGACGACGCGGGGCUGGAUCCGUACACAGCCUGCCAACGUCACUGUUCCAUCGUUGUUAGUGGAUCAACUAUUUAUAUUUAGGAUAAUAUUAUUUUGUCGACAACGCAUGCUCACACUUGGGAUCAAAGACUUUAAAAAAAUAAAUAGAUAAAAAGAUCAUGCAUUCGAUGGAACUGUUUCAGUUCAGUGAUCAGUCUGUAGUGUUCUUAUUUUACAUGCCAGGUUGGAUGUGUGUCUGUUGUUGUGGUUUUCUUUUUAAAAAAUUGGUUGCCAUGGUGACUGAUGGCACUAAUACACUCAAGGCUGCUUCCAAAAACGUUGCCGGAGAUUCCAGCUACAUCCCGCCACAUGACCAAGAUUCACUGAGAUCAUCUCCAACGAUUGUGAUCAUGUGUGACACCCUCCAAGUUGUUGCUUGCCUACGCCGAGAGCAGAAAAAUAAUACGUGAUGAUUUUUAACUUUACAAAAUUUAAUGUACCUUGUGCAUUGUUCCAUUGUGGUGCUCUGUGUUGGCUCUGAGUAACUGUAUCGUUCGUCUUUUUAACUAGUUAAGGAGAGACCUCAGCAAUAGACUUAUACUAUAUUAAACGUGGUCGUCGUCAUCGUCGUUAGUUUCAUAUUCUAGAGCCGAGCGUUGGUGGUUGCUAUGGUGCGGCCGUCUUGCAGAUCCAUUGUGUAAAAUUGCUUGUGCAGUGCUCAUGAGCAGGACAAUAAUAAAGAUUACUACAUUUGUGCUGAUGUCUGUCAUCGUAUUGCUGGUGAUAUUAGCCAGCAUUGAAUCAAUUGUAUUAUAGACCGUUUAUCAUUUAUCAUUCUUGUUGUAUUUCAUGUGGCAACACUUUUCCUCUUUUUUUUUUGUCUUUCUCAUUUUGCAAUGUGUUACAUUGAGAAGUAUUGUAUAUAAUUCAUAUUGUUAUUUCAUUGGGUUUUUUUUUUUUUUUUUUUUUUUUUGGCUAGUUGACUGAUAUUUUGUUCGUACUACAAGAAGUUAAUCAAAAUGUGUUAUGUUUUAAACAUACCAAAAUUAAUUCAUGUUUGAUGUUUUAUAAGUGUUGAGGUAACCAUUGUUUGUCAUUAAAUGAGCAUUUUUUGGUCAGUUCACGAAUCUGACUAAACUGGUUGUGCCGAUUACUGUGAAUUUAUUAUGUUUCCUGGGCUGACGACAAUUAUCUGGGAUUUCAAGGUACCGUAAUACCAAAGUAAAAUUAUUUAUAGGAGCGUGACUAUAGUGGGGGCAUCUUCAGUUGGUAAUGAACAUUUCACAAGCUGUUCUAACAAGUAUCGGCGACGUUUUACAGGUUAAUUACAAUGUUUAGGAAGAUGUCACCUACUUUGAACAAACAUCCUCUUGAAUAUGUGUGGUCCAUGUUUGUGCAAAGGUUUUAUCUACAUAAAGUCCUAAAUAUCCAAGUGCUAUUUUGGGCAUUAUUUACAAUAGGUAAUUUUCAAGGUUCUUAUCCCACCUCACAAUUACAAAUAAUCCUCAUUUUUAAAUCUCUUUAUUGUAAAUGAUUGUAAAGGUGUUUUAUUAUACUUGUGUUAAAAAACAAAUAUUGGUCCAUUAAACAAAUAUUAAUAUGAAUAUUCAAAGUAGUAUCAAUGUGCGGACAAUCUAGUUGUUAAAUGAUCAAAUGGACGCCCAAGGAUGUGAAUGAAUUCACAGUAUCUCAUUUUAUUGAACACCUGUUGGCCUUUUGCUGUACCACCACAGUUAGCCUGUCACUGAAAUGCUGCUAGCUCCACCCAUCUCAUUAGCAUAAAAUCUCGGUUCCAAACAUGUUAAAAAGAACAAACAUCAAAAAUCAUAAACUUUUGAAUAUACAUGUAGUUGUCUUACCCCAGGGAGAACUGCAUGAUGAACUACAGUUACUGCUGGUGAUUGACAGGUGGGUGGGGUCAGUGACAGGUUAAUUAAUAAGCAAAGAAAUGUGAAGGUUAAAAAUGAUAAGUUUUGACUGGAUGAAAGAAUGGGGGAAACGUGCAAUUGAAAUAUUUGUUGGAUGCACCUACAUGUAGUGAAAAGGCUGAGAAAAUCUUUCACUCACUUUUGCAUGAUAAAUGGAAGUUAAGAAAACAGUUCUAACCAGUUGGUCAGUUUGUUACACUGUUAUUAAAGUUAAUUUUGUACAGAUUUCUGAACCCUGUAUUAAUGUUUUAUAACGAUAGAUCAUGUAUAAUCUUUGAAACACAGAUCUCACUAAGUUAUGAACAUAACUUGUAAAAGUGUAUUGUUUAGUGCUGUCUUUUAUCAAGUAUAAAGGUACAAAUUUGUCUUUUACCAACUAGUAGGAAAUAACACAAGGAAUGUUGCUGUGCUGAAACACAGCCUGUUUUAAUAGUUCAAUCAUUUCCUGAAUAUAAUAAUGACAAAAUUCUUGUGGUGUAGUUGAACAAGUCUACAGCUUUGUUAUCAGGGCCAGGGAUUAUAAAGAAUCUAAAAUUCAAUAUUAAAACAGCGACUCCAAAUAUGUGCCCACAUAUGGAGUCGAGAUAUUAUCAGUAUGGAUCCUGGUCUGUUAAUGUCUAGUUGGGGUUUUAUGAAUAUGGGCCCUGCUCCUCUUAAUAUGGAGUCAGAUUUUAUGAAUAUGGACCCUGUUAACAUGGAGUCAAGUUUUGUGAAUAUGGUCCCUGGUUCUGUUGGCAUGGGCUCGAGGAUUUAUAAAUAUGGGCCCGAGGAUUUAUAAAUAUGGGCCCAGCUUCUGUUGGUUGAAAAAGAUGCAUCACAAGUUGGGUUAAUAAGAGAUACAUGUCAGUGAAAAAAGGUGUUUUAGAGUAACAAGUGAAUCAUGAAGUGUUAACAAUGAGAAGUGAAUGAAGACCAGGAAUCUCUGAAUGGGUUUUGUGUACCUUUAAAUUAAUAAAAUUCAUACAUAUAUAUAUACAUAAAUAUAUAUAUAAAUAUAUAUAAAUAUUUAUUUGUACUAUUGUAUGUGCAUACUGUUAAUGUGUAUUUCUGUAUGUGUAUUUAUCCUUAUUUGAUUCGUUCACUGCACAGUGAAAUCUUGAAUUCUUAGGGGCCAAAUGUUCAUAUCUUCAUUGAUGUGUGGGGCACAUCUUUAACCUGUAUAUGCAAUUAGGAAACUGCUUUUAUAACUGGUUGUCAAUUUUUUUUUUUUAAUUUUGUUACAUAAAGAGUUUUUUUUGUAAUGCAAUGAUGCAUCUAGAUGAAUCAAUUUUUACUCCUUUUUAAUUAUUUAUUUUUAAUUAUCUAUUUGUUCAUCUAAAAAAAAAGAAGUAAAACUAGCAAACCUAUUGAUAAAAACUUUAAUUUUACUAUGUUAAUGUAAUAUCACUAUUUAUGUUAUGCACCUGCAGUAUAACGAGCAGUCUUUUUUCUUUAUUUUAUUUUAUUGAAUAACAUAAAUGUCAGAACCAUAACUUGCCAAAAAUUGUCAUCAGGUAUUUUCAUAGGACAAUCAGUUUUGUAAAGUAAGCAUUAAAACAACAUGGUUACAACAUUCACAAGGCAGCAAAUACCACCGAUUUUUUAAUUUUAUUUUAUUUAUGAGUGAAUGUGUUUGCUAACUGCAUGCUAAUUAUAAUUAUGUGUUAGUAGUUAUGUUUCCAAUAGGACCAAGUUUUUGUCACAUUUUCUUGCAUUAGAAUUUGGACCAUAUCAUGAACAGAUUCCUCCUUGCAUAUACGAAUUAGAGAGAAAUGUGCCCAGUGUACACAGUUAUGAAAUUUUGUUUCCCUGUUAACUUUUUUCUUGAAAUAAUGUGAAUAGGUACACCUUGGAUGUCUACAGCACACCCUACAUAUAAAUAUAUGUGUACUGCUUACAUUGGUAGUUUUCACUUUGCUAGAACAAAAGCUAAUCCGAAAUGAAGUUGCUUUUCUAAACAUGAAACAUGGUUUUCCUCAAGAAAAACAAAUAUGUAAUUGUCUCUUAAAUUCUAAAAGAAAAAAACAACAUAAAAUAAGUACCAGUAGUGAGGGUGGAAUGCUCAGUUUCUUAAAAGGAUGUCUCCAGUAUUUCAUGAUUGCAGUUGCACCAGAAUUUUUAUCUUUUUGAAAAAAAAUUGCUGGGGAAAAUGUAUACCAGUUUGAAGGUACAACACCGAUUUUCACCUCAUUUAAAUUUCCACCUGUUUUAGAUAGGUUGAGUAUUUUAUUGGAAACUUAUUGAACUCUUGAGAGAAACCCAUAUUUAUGAAGUAGAAAAGUAUUCUUGAUAUUCCACAUAUGCUGUACAUUAUAAGCAAGUGUUUGUUGUCGAAGGAUGUAAAUUUAUGUGAUAUCGGCUCCAAAGAAUAUUUUCUGUUGUAGUAAAUGUAUUUUCACCAAUUAAGAUCGCACAAUUUAGGUUUUUUUAAAUUAAGACAUUCAAAUAUCCAGUUUUUUGUAUGUUUAUAAAAUAGCAAUUUUAAAAUGUUAAUCAAAUUUUCCAUUUAAUGUGUGGAUGCGACUUAAUUUGCACUGGUUUAAUUGUUUUUGUUAACAUGUAAACACAAAACAUUAUCAAAAAGCUUCUUUUUUCUCUUUUUUUAUGCUAAACAAACUUUUAAUCAAAACUAUAUUUUAUUUAUUACUGGACUUCAUAGCUAUAUUUUUUAUUGAACAUACUUCUUUCUCUCAUAUUCUGUUCAAUGUUUAUUUUCUAACAGUAAAUUGUUUUGAAAUGAUUUGUUAAACUUCUACUAGUGGGAAUUCUAGACUUGUAAAGUUUGAUGUUGUAAAAGCACAUACAACUGUGUCUGCUGUAGAUAGUGCCAUCUAGUGUUGGAUAUUUAGAGAAUUGAGAGCCUUGUAAAAUUUGCAUCUGUACAAUUCGCUUCUUCACCCAGACUACUGCCAUUGUCAACGUGUUGUCACAGUGCAUGCAUCUCAACUUGUAUUUUGUAUGUCAUGAAAUCACUGAUAAUAAUUCUGUCAAUAUGUCAGUCAGUAAGUGAAUAAAGUAAUGCUCAAAA